AUGCCUAAAUUUGUUCCGCGACAGCGGAAACACAAGGCUCGGGAUAGGGAGAACCAGCCGAAACAACCACAAGAUACCAAUGCUGCCGAGGUAGCUCCAGUAUCCAAGGAGGAGAAGGAGGAGAAGAGGAGGAAGCUGAAGGAGGAAUUGAGAGCUCAGCAGUCAAAGAUCUCUGGCAAGAAACAAAAGCGACUGGAUAAAUAUAUUGACACCAAACUAAAAAAGGACGAGAGUUUGGCCCUUAUCAAAAAACUUGCGAGCUCGAAAAUCGAUACAAGCCAGCUAAAAAGCUCUCGUGAUUUGGCGCGAUCAAAUAAACCGCUCUCGAAGAAGCCAUUGCAGACUUUGGAUGAUAAGCAGACUGCACCAACCUUGUCACAAGAAGGACCCGAAAGCUCUGACUCUGAUGAUGACCUUCCUUCGUCACGCACCAAUGCUCACCUGCAUGGCGAUACGCCUGUGAAUCCUGCGAUUGGGAGUGGCCUAAAGAGGCCUUUGGAAAUUGGCGAUGACGGACGUCCCAUAAUAAAAAGGCGGAAGAGGGCACCAAAGGUUAAGCCAGCUGAAGUCCCCGAACCGCCAUGGGAAGGGUUUGAUUCGGAGUCUAGUUCGGAUGAGCAAGAAGAGGCUCAGGCUAGCUCUACUGGCAAUGGAGAGGAGUCAGAGGAUGAAUCUUCGUCAAAUUCGGAGGAAGACAAUGAAGCUUCAUCGUCUGAUAGCGACACUGAAACAGAGAAGAGAAUCAAACCUCGCCAGUCUGCCUUUAAAUCAUGGGCCGUACAACAAAUUAACGAAGCAGCCGGGUUUAAUCCUAAAGAAAAUGCAACUGCUCCCACCCUCCCGCCACAAGAAGUCAAGUGGUUCAAACCAAGAAAUACAGCCGAUGAAGAGGAGCCACUUCCUCAGGAACUAAAGGUUACAAACGGAGACACCAGUAGGAAGGCUUUCUCUAUUCAGAUUGAUAGACCGGAACAUAUCCAGGCUUCCCGGAUAAAUCUUCCGGUCGUUGGAGAGGAGCAGAAAAUUAUGGAAGCCAUCCAUAACAACCCUUGUGUGGUGAUAUGGGGAGCCACAGGAAGCGGCAAAACCACCCAGCUUCCUCAGUUUCUUUUUGAAGCAGGCUAUGGCAGUCCCGACAGCCCAAAUCCUGGAAUGAUUGGCAUUACGCAGCCAAGACGAGUAGCUGCUGUUAGUAUGGCAAAGCGAGUGAGCGACGAGUUGGCGCAAUAUUCCGACCGGGUGUCAUAUCAAAUUCGAUUUGAUUCCUCGGUUACACCUAAAACUGCAAUCAAAUUCAUGACAGACGGUGUCUUAAUCAGAGAGGUGGCACAAGACUUUUCGCUCUCGAAAUAUUCUACAAUCAUCAUUGACGAAGCUCACGAGAGGAGCGUUAAUACUGAUUUACUAAUAGGCAUGGUUAGCCGCAUUGUAGAUCUACGGAAAACCAUGAAUGCAGAAAACUCUUCGAUCAAACCGCUAAAACUAGUUAUUAUGUCUGCCACCUUACGGACUUCUGAUUUCCUUCGAAAUCCCAACCUCUUCCGCAGCGGAACCCCGCCCCUAGUUCAAGCAGAAGGUCGGCAAUAUCCUGUCACCAUACACUUUUCCCGCCGUACCCAUCGAGAUUAUGUUGAAGAAUCGUUUCGGAAAAUUUGCAGAGGCCACCGCAAACUACCGCCUGGUGGUUUCCUUGUCUUUCUCACGGGACAAAGCGAAAUAAAGGACCUCUCAAAACGUCUCAAAGCUGCGUUAAAAUCUACACAAACUUCUGGUCACUCCCAAGGCAAGGUUCAAAUAAAGCCAUCUGAAACUUCGUUGGAAGCUGACGACAUUGACUUCGGCCGUGGCGGCCAGUCCGCUACUGCGUUUGAUGGUGAGGAUGACUAUGAUAGCGAUAUUAGCAUCAAAGGUAUGGAUGAUGACGAAGAGGACGAUGAAUUUGACGAGGAAGAAGGUGCCGUGGAUUCAAAGACAUCCGUACAUAUUCUCCCUCUAUACUCUCAACUGCCCACAAAGGAGCAGCUCCGAAUUUUUGAGCCAGUCCCCGAAGGCUCUCGACUUAUAGUACUUGCUACGAAUGUUGCUGAGACCAGUUUGACUAUACCGGGAAUCAGGUACGUCUUUGACUGCGGACGGUCCAAAGAGAAGCAAUAUGAUCUGUCAACAGGUGUCCAGAGUUUCCCAAUUGGGUGGAUCAGUAAGGCGAGCGCUAGCCAGCGUGCUGGACGUGCUGGACGUACGGGACCUGGCCAUUGUUAUAGACUCUACUCAUCAGCAAUAUACGAAGACUCAUUCGCAGAGCACACAGAGCCAGAGAUACUCCGCACGCCAAUCGAAGGUGUUGUUCUGCAAAUGAAACAUAUGGGUCUUCACCGUAUCAUUAAUUUCCCUUUCCCUACGCCUCCAGAUCGUGUUGGACUUGCAAAAGCAGAACGCCUUCUUAAAAAUUUGGCGGCUUUAUCUGCAGACGGACAAGUUACAGAUGCUGGUCGACAUCUCACACUAUUCCCCCUGAGUCCUCGAUUCGGCAAAAUGCUACAUAUCGGCCAUCAACAUGGCUGCAUGCCCUACACCAUUGCUCUUGUCUCCGCACUCUCCGUAUCGGAGGUGUUCAUGCAAGAAAAUCAACUUGAUCUGAACCCUACGAGACCUAAGGGCGCUGAUGAUGACGAGGAGGAGGAUAAAGUAUACACCAAUGCAGAUCGACUCGAAGAUGAUGCCAGGGAACAGCGCAGAAAAGAUUAUCACAGAGCGCAAAGGAUCUUCAGCAAACAUGACGAAAAGUCAGACGCAAUGAAGUUCCUCACGGCUGUUUGCGCGUAUGCAUAUGCUCCAGAUGGUGAUCAAUUUUGCUCGGAAAUGUUCCUUCGCCCGAACGCGAUGAAAGAAGCGUCACAGCUACGCCGCCAAAUCUCUAAUCUAGUUCGGAUUAACAACCCCAACUUGCUAGGCCAGUUCGAACCUCGCUUGCGUGAACCAUCUGAAAAGCAGAUACAGGCUUUGAAGCAGAUAACGGCCGCGGGAUUCAUCGACCAAAUUGCUAUCCGUGCAGAUGCAGCUCCUGUCCGCCCUGAAAUGGCCAGAAAACCACGAAGAGCCAUCGAUGUGCCAUAUCUGACGCUAUUUCCAUCACGCGACAGUUAUUCCUCUGAGUUAGAAGACAGGGCUGUUUAUAUACACCCUUCCUCUACCCUCGCUAAACUAUCGUUAAACGAACUCCCACAGUAUGUCGUAUAUUCCCAUCUUCAACGGUCUACGGCAUCGCAUGUAGGUGAUAACCCGAAAGUGCGUAUGUUCCCAUUGACGACUGUGAGCGGGCUUCAGCUCUCUGCCCUCGCACAGGGCACGCCAUUAAUUGAUUAUGGAAAACCAAUUGGGAAGAUAGAGUCUUUGGGUGGUUCGCCAGAAAAGCGAGAAUGCUGGGUGAUUCCUUCACUUGUUGGGGAAUCGGGCAGCACUGGCUGGCCGCUACCAGCUAAAAAGGUCAUCCAAAUAAAAGAUAAAAAGCGUGGAUGGAUCAUUGACCGCUUCAUUCAAUAG